ACGCAGCGGGCCAAUCACCACCCUCGCGGAGUGAUUUAAUGAGGACUACACCCAAGCCCUUGUCUCGACGCUGUGGCUUCUCUUGGGUGGUGACUGGUGAGAGCAGAAGAAAGCCGGGGUACCGGAACGUGCAACUGCAGCUCAACUCUCCCUUCCUUUGUCGCUCCAGAGGCGUCUGUGCAAAGUUUCUUGACCCAGCUUCUCUUUUAUCAUCCACCAAUUAUCAGAAACCAUGUCUUGGGACAGCUACGUGGCCAAGUUUAUCGCUGAAAACUGCCAGGAUGCGGCCAUUAUUGGGUACCCUGACAACAAGUACGUCUGGGCAGCACAUCCCGGCGGUAAUUUUGCCAACAUCACGCCUGCUGAAAUUGAUGCGCUCAUGUCAAAAGACCGUCAAUCCUUCUUCAUCAAUGGAUUGACCUUAGGAAAUGAAAAAUGCUCUGUGAUCAGAGACCGAUUGGCAGUUGAAAAUGAAUGGGGAAUGGACCUCCGGACUAAGUCCUCUACCGGCCCCACUUACAACAUUGCUCUAUGCCAAGCUAAGACAGUAUUUGUUCUAAUCAAGGGCAACGAAGGUGUCUACGGAGGGACCCUCAACACAUUGGCAUAUAAGACGGUUGAGUACCUGAGGAAUCAGAAAUGUUAAAGCAUCCCGUACCAGGCCACCCACCCAACCAGCUACCUGUCUAUCUACCACCCUGUUGCAUUUCACACUUCCUGUCCUUGUUGCUCCUUACUAUCUUCUGCUCCUCCUCCCCAAACCGUCUCAGCCCUUACAGUUGAUCCAUAGCCAAGAUGAGCGUGUGACUAAGGAUGUCACUUGAUUAAGACCAGCAGAAUGAAAGACAAUCACUUGAUGUGUCUUUGGUGCCCAUUGACACGACAAGUUCCACAACAUAAGCGCUCCCCGAGAGUGGCCCUUACCUUUUUUUUUUUUAGAUUGAUUGGAGCACUGAAGCAGUAGCUCGUCCAGGUCUACCUCCUCCCCCAACAACUUCUUUGAGGAUAGACGGUGUGAUCAUCUGUCCACUGUCUUCCAUGUCCCUCCCUUCCUGAUAAUGAAAUGCUUGACCCCCCGCCCCCCCCGCACAUACGCGUCCUUGUCAAGGUGUCGUCGUUUGGCUCUGUUAAUUGUCAUCAAGCAGAGUUACUGUUCCUAUACACACACACACACACACCAAAAAAAAUCAAUGGACAUUCCACAGUUACGAGCUCAGGCACUUGUUACUGUCUUUCUUUUGCCAGUACCUGUAAUUUGUUUUAAGAAAGGCUGUCGUUUUGGACCGUAGAUAUUUCUCGCUCUCUCACCACCUGGAGAUUGUUCUUUAUUUUUUUGCCCCCCCAGGUAGGAUCAAUUGUAGUGAAAGCGCAGGUGUUGCAACAAAACACCAAACAGGUUAAGUGACAGGGCAGGUGAGCAUGGAUUUAGUCUUAUUUUUUUCCCCUUUUUCUUUUUUUGUCACCCCUAUCAGAAGCUACACUGAAUUUGAAAAAAAAUCAAAAUAAAUCCUCAUUUAAACUGUGGAAUUAAUUGCCUUUUGCCAUCCAUUGAGCACAGACCCUACAACUGUAAUGUCUGUACACUCUUUGGGAGAUGGGUUAGAUGAAACCAACAUGUACCGUUCAUCACAACCUGUGUAUCCUGUGCCAUAAUGUCAAGAGGUCUGUUGCUCACUCUUCCAAGAUUAAUUUUUCCUACGCAUAACUUGUCCUUCAUUUUCUUUUCUGUAGCUUCAGUGCCACUGUUUAGGCCUUGUAUAAUCAUCAAAUCUGUUUCCAAGUCCUUCUCGCUGAUUUGUUCUCACUUUAGUUUUCUUGGAUCUGGGAUAGUCUGUCAAUGCAUUGAAUUCCAUAUGCAUACAACCAAGAAUGCCAUAUAUUGAUUUAUCACCUUGUUUACAGACAGAUCAAAAUAAAUUUAUUCCAACCAGA